UGGUUCCAGCCCUACCGUUGUGUCACUUGAAGGAAAAAAAUAAUUUCGCACGACGUACGAUUUUCAUUCGAAAAGCGAUCAAAGGAUAUUGUGUUGAUUAUUUGCGAAUUAGAGCAGGAAGAAAGAAGAAACUUGCGAAAUUCAUUUGUGACCCCAAAACAAGCGAAUUGCUAAAGGCCAGAGGGCAAAAUCUCGUUGAUUGGCUGCAGAAUAGAAAAACCGAUUUUCAGUGCGUUUGUGUGUGAGCAGCAGCAACAGCGGAAAAAAUGGCAGCGAGCGACAAAUCGGUCGACGAUUCUCUAUAUCCCAUUGCGGUUCUGAUCGACGAACUGAAGAACGAGGAUGUACAGCUUCGAUUAAACUCCAUCAAGAAGUUGUCAACCAUCGCUUUGGCCUUGGGCGAGGAGCGCACACGGUCCGAGUUGAUUCCCUUCCUCACUGAGACCAUUUACGAUGAGGAUGAGGUGCUGCUGGCCCUGGCCGAUCAACUAGGCAACUUUACAAGUCUCGUUGGCGGACCGGAGUUUGCCAUGUACUUGAUCCCGCCACUGGAGAGUCUGGCCACCGUGGAGGAGACCGUGGUGCGAGACAAGGCUGUAGAAUCUCUGCGCACCGUGGCCGCUGAGCACAGUGCCCAGGAUCUGGAGAUCCACGUGGUGCCGACUCUACAGCGCCUGGUCUCCGGCGACUGGUUCACCUCGCGCACCUCCGCUUGCGGACUCUUCUCGGUCUGCUAUCCACGGGUCACACAGCCGGUGAAGGCCGAGCUGCGCGCCAAUUUCCGCAAGCUGUGCCAGGACGAGACACCCAUGGUGCGGCGGGCAGCAGCCAACAAGCUGGGCGAGUUCGCCAAGGUCGUGGAGACUGAGUAUCUCAAGUCCGACUUGAUUCCAAACUUUGUGCAGCUGGCACAGGAUGAUCAGGACUCUGUUCGUCUGCUGGCUGUAGAGGCUUGCGUCAGCAUUGCCCAGCUGCUGCCCCAGGACGAUGUGGAGCACCUUGUUCUGCCCACGCUGCGCCAGUGCGCCAGCGACUCUUCGUGGAGAGUGCGUUAUAUGGUGGCCGAGAAAUUCGUGGACCUGCAAAAGGCGGUAGGCCCAGAGAUCACUCGUGUGGAUUUGGUGCCCGCCUUCCAGUACUUGCUCAAGGACGCCGAGGCCGAGGUUCGCGCUGCGGUGGCCACCAAGGUGAAGGACUUCUGCGCCAACCUGGAUAAGGUCAACCAGGUGCAAAUCAUCCUAAGUUCCAUUUUGCCGUAUGUGCGCGAUCUUGUCUCGGAUCCCAAUCCACAUGUGAAGUCCGCCCUGGCUUCUGUCAUCAUGGGUUUGAGUCCGAUGCUGGGCGCCUAUCAGACAGUGGAGCAAUUGCUGCCCUUGUUCCUCAUCCAGCUCAAGGAUGAGUGCCCGGAAGUGCGCCUGAACAUCAUCUCAAACCUGGACUGCGUGAACGACGUCAUCGGCAUUCAGCAGCUGUCACAAUCGCUCCUGCCCGCCAUCGUGGAGUUGGCCGAGGAUUCCAAGUGGCGCGUGCGUCUGGCCAUCAUUGAGUACAUGCCUGCUCUGGCCGGUCAGUUGGGUCAGGAGUUCUUCGACCAGAAGCUGCGCGGUCUCUGCAUGGGAUGGCUCAACGAUCACGUUUAUGCCAUUCGUGAGGCAGCCACCCUCAACAUGAAGAAGCUGGUCGAGCAGUUCGGAGCACCCUGGGCCGAGCAGGCCAUCAUUCCCAUGAUUCUGGUUAUGUCGCGCAACAAGAACUAUUUGCACAGAAUGACCUGCUUGUUCUGCCUGAACGUUUUGGCAGAGGUCUGCGGCACAGAUAUCACCACCAAGCUGCUGCUCCCCACAGUCCUCCUGCUGGCCGCCGAUCCCGUGGCCAAUGUUCGCUUCAAUGUGGCAAAGACCCUGCAGAAGAUCUCGCCCUUCCUGGAGGCCAGCGUCAUCGAUGCCCAAGUGAAGCCCACACUCGACAAACUGAAUGCGGACACGGAUGUGGACGUUAAGCAUUUUGCUGCACAGGCCAUUGCCGGCAUAGCAGCAGAAAUGGAACUGAAUGUGUUUAGAACAGCGGUGCCGCCUUGCCUGGGUGCCAAAAUUGAGGCGGCAAUGAACUCGAAGCUGAUCGUGGAACCCCCUCCACAGCCGGAGGCUGACGAAGACAUUCUGCAGGAGAUGAACGGACAGGCAGCAGCGACGGCGGCGGCGGCAGUGGAGCCGCCCCAGGCUGACUCGGAAUCAACAACACUUAAGAACGGAAACUUGUAGUGGAUCCCGGAAAGUGUUAAACGCUGCAGCCGAUGCUGGAUGAUGGAUGGAAUGAAUGAAGGCAGGAGUUGGAGGAGCAGACCGGAGAAGUGCCACCACGGCCAGCAUGGGAGGAGACCCACUAAACGCGACACAGCUAAACAUUACUACUUACAUACUUAUAUUAUAUAUAAAAAUUACCAUAGGCAUAAAGAUCAUUAUUAAAAACAUGUGUAGAGUUUGGAACAUUUGAUCGCAUCUGAAUGCAAAAUAAAAUUGUAGUGAAACAAAAGGCA